AUGCUCCUGUUCUCCUUCGAAGAUGCCAUUAUGGUUGAAAAACUGAAUUACUACUGUAAUUUUGCUUCGGAAUAACUACUGUAGUUCAGGCACCUGAGCUUCUUUCGAUUUUAAACUAAUUUGGAAAAUAACAUUAUGAAAUUGGUACCUGUCGUUCAGUUUUCCCUUUUCGGUUGAAAACCUUCUUGACAUAUUUGGUUGAGGACCAUGAAGUGUAAUAUUUGGACAAAAUUGGGGUUCCUUGUCCAAGACAAAGGAGGCUUUUCUUUGGGGUCCUGUAUACGAGUGCAGAUCCUUGUUUCUUUGUUACUUGGGCUCCUGCCAGAAUCACUUUCUCGCACAAUGAAGCUGAAGGGGCUGCUUGUGUUUGCCAAAUAGCCAAACACGUUCCAUCGAGUUUUAAAAUUUUCCAAUUGUUUCCCUUUGCGUGGCAUAUACAGUAACCGGAGUUGAUUAAUGUGGUUUGUGUCAUGGCCGCUACCUCUGUUGAUUUCUAAGCCUCAUGAACAAUGUCAUCAAUAUUGGUGUCUAUCGGCCGGUUUUGGCUGAUACGCAUUGUAUAAUCACAAAAUGAUACGAGGAUGAGUAACGGCCCUUCCAAAUUUCGGCUGACACAAACCGAUAUAGGCUGAUGACCAUCAGCCAUGCACAUGGUUCUUUAAAGAUUUCGACCGGAGAUGGAAUCUGAGACCGACAACACGCAUUGCUUGCUCAUUAUUGAGGACUGUUGGAUGUUGAUAUCGAUUUAUGCUUCGACUGCCUUGCAUUAUUGCUCCCAAAAACGGAAUAGCUUGGAGCUGGAAAUGGAAUUGAAAUAAUUCCGUCGCGGACUAUUGAAGUCUUCUUCUUUUGUCUUGUCAAUGGGCACGGGUCACUGCUUAUGACAUUUGGAAAGCAGACUGCUGCACAGGGGUUAGGUCCCUUUUUUCAUUACCCAGAAAUCUGUACAAAACUCAUAGAGAGGGUCCCGGGAUAUUGCAGAUUUCUGGCAAAAAAAUUCAGUGAACACGGAGCUGCUUCCACGUGCAAUGCUGGCACCAGCAGUCAUGGGAAAUAAGGCCCUGUUUGAUCACAGGAAAAAUCCUGUUCAUCAGUUGAAAACGGUACGGGCGGGUGAACUUUUACCCGUUCGCCUUACGACGCAUCAAACGCCAUCAAAUUUCACCCGAAAAACUCAUACGAUUGGGUGCAAUUUCACGCGUGAAAAGUACACAGAGACAAAAUUGAGAGUCGUUAGGACUCAAUUUUUCCCCUCUUUUCCUGUGGACGCCCAUCUUCCCCUCUCUUGCUGCGUCUCUUCCUCUCUCUCUGUGUCUCCCCCUCUCUCGCUUUCUUGUUCCUCACCUUUGCUGCUGCACAUGUGUCUCCCCUCUCGCUGCAUCUCUCCUCUGUCGCUGCGUUUCCUCAUCUCUUGCUGCGUCUCCUGCUCUCUUGUUUCUCUCCUCUCUCGCUACACAGGUCUCUCCUCUCAAACCCAACGUCGCCCGAUUGCAGCCCCAGGCCUUCAAUACCAACAGGAGAUUUGGUCUUAUCCCUCUUGGCUGCUCGUUUAUUCAGUUGCUGGUAUCUUCGGACUACUGGUCGAAGAUAAUCUCACUCUUUCCCAUUUCUCAAAGAAAGGGAGAUAUGUUCAAGCGGACCUUUGAGUUAUCAAAGGUUUUAUGUAAGGGCAAUUAUAGAGGAUCAACCUUAUUCUUGCUCAAAAAAGUAUGUCAAGCUUAACAAGGGCGCCCUCUUCAGAUCGUUCCAUACCUUUGAAGCAACUGAAUGUCAUAUGAAUGAGUGUCUCCACAACAAGUAUGGUAUGCAAUUACGUAGGCCAUUGGACAUUGACAAUGUCACCGCAAAGCAAGAGGAAGAGGUAAUGACCCGAUUGGAAUGCUUAUGCUUUCAUGUUUUAUUUGAAGAGGUGUUAUACCCACGUGAAAUUGGAUUAUUGUUUAAUUAUUUGUUUUACAUCA